GCUGCUUGGAUCGAGUUGAUUUCAUCCGCGGAUCUGAUAAACGUGCGUGAUCAGUGGCCGAUAAUUGAUAAAAACUAAUACAACUAUGGCCACAGCAUGCAUAAUUCUCGACUCGGACGGUGACGAUGAAAUCGACUGCGGCUUGGGGGUGCCUUCUACCGCGCCGGCGCGAGAUGGUUCGCGUAACGGCAGCGCUGUGGCGGUUGUCGAUUUGUGCAGCGAUGUCGAAGAAAUGAAUGACUGCGACGACCUCCACACGAAGGGCUCGCCGUCAAAACGCCAGCGGGAAUCGUCACCAGUAAGGGAACGCCUCGGCAGUGGAACGGUGAUGACGUCGACUCCUGUUGAGGCACCUCGACGAACGAGCGAGAACAGUGGGAGGAGUAGUACCUCUGAAUGCGAGGUGCGCCGUGGCAGCCUCUGGGACAGUGACGACGAGGACCUGCCACCACUGUCGGCCAGGCUGCAGCCGCAACAAUCCAGCAGCAGCCUACCAAAGGUGAAGGCAAGCCCACAGUGUAUGAAGACAAGCUCGCAGGAUACCAAAACAGGCUCACAUAAUGGGAAGACAAACCAACAGGAUAAGAAGACAAGUCCGUCGAAUGGAAUAACAAGCCCCUUGAAACGGAAUGCUGUGCACAGAAUUUCGGACAGCGAAGAUGAAGACGAGCUUCCGGACCUGGGACGCGUCAUUGGUGUUUGUGUGGGGGCGAGGGAAAGCGGUCGUCUUCCGAGCUCGAGCAGCGAGCCCGUCGCCACAGUUUCGACAUCCGACGUGGUUACACGCAUGGGUGAAGAGACUGCAGAGGCGCCGGCAUACACCCAGCUGAAGGCCAAGCGUGUGCGCAUCACUGCCGAAGAGCGGGAGGCCCGCCGUGUUGCGAAGGAGCUCGAGAAACAGCGCAAGGCCAUGGCGACUGAAAUGGGGCGCGCCACUAAGCCAGGACAUUGCAUGAAGUAUGUGACGGUGGUGUUGGACUCCCGGCUUCUGGAUGACGAGGCCUCUCUCCAGCUGCUGUGCGAGACUCUUGAGCAGGCGGAGAUUCGUGCUGAAAUCCAGACGCUGCCUGUGGAGCGUGCCGUUUGUUGGAGGCGCACUGCAUUGUCCCUAAACGAGGAUGACUGUUUGCUGUCCCGGGAUCAGGUGGAAGAGAGAGACGUGAUGGUGGUGCUUCCCUGGGACCAAUUCCUGCACCUGGUCGCUUCCCAGAGGCAGGCAGGUGGCAUGUUUAACAGCAGUAACAUAAGGAUUUAG